AUGGAGCUCUCCAAGCCUGCCUCUGCGGGCUCGGCGGGUGCAAAGCCUUCGUCCUCGUCCAAGAGCGCGGCAGCGAAUGGAAAUGGCCACGCCUCGGGCUCGACUGUCCGCAAGCACAAGGCAAUCGUCGCUUCGAGUGACGAGGACGAUGACGCGCCUCUGGCCAAGCGGCCUAAGCCUGCUCAAUCCGCGAAGCCCUCUUCCAACGGCGCAGCCAAAGCCAAGGCUGAGAGCGACAGCGACUCCGAUGUGCCCUUGACCAAGGCAAAGAAGCCCGCAAGCGCGUCGAAGCCUGCGAGCGCGUCGAAGCCUCGGUCGAGCACCUCCAAUGCCACCGCAUCCUCGUCGAAGCGACCCAUCGUGAAGGCUGAGCCCGACGACUCAGACGACGAGCCGCUGGGUAAUCGCUCCAAGCCCGCAGCCAAGGCCUCUUCGUCACGCGCUCCUCCUCCAGCGAAGCGCGCCAAGGUUAAGUCGGAGACGCCUGACCAUGACGAUGACGAAGAUGAGGAGGAGGAAGAAGAAGAGGAAGAUGGAGACGAAGACGACGACGAGGAGGGCGGCAGCAAGAAGGGCGCGGUCAAGCACAGCGGCGAUGGCUCGCAGAUGUGGAACACGCUCUACCACACCGGUCCGCGCUUCCCUCCUCCGUACGAGCCCCUGCCUCGUGACAUCAAGAUGAAGUACAACGGGCAGCCGGUCGAUUUGCCGCCCAAUGCCGAGGAGGCAGCUCUUUUCUACGCCGUCAAGCUCGAGACUCCUUACGUCAAGGACCCCACCUUCAACACCAACUUCUUCCGCGACUUCCAAGCCAUCCUCAAGAAGAAUCCGCCGCGUGACGGGACCAAGAUUACCGACUUCAAGCGCUGCGACUUUGCCCAGAUGUGCGAGUACCAAAAGGGAUUGAAGGAGGCGGAGAAGGAGCGAAAGAAGAAACUCGCUCCAUCGGCCCGGAAGAAGGAGCAGGCAGACAAGAAGGCUGCAGACGAGGAGAUGAAGUCGUGCAUAGUCGAUGGCAAUCGUCAACGUGUGGGCAAUGUCAUGGUCGAGCCGCCCGCCCUCUUCAUGGGUCGUGGUCAACACCCGAAGCGCGGCCAGAUCAAGCCUCGCGUCCAGCCCGAAGAGAUCACCAUCAAUCACACGCUCAAGGACCCAAAGCAUCCUCCGCCUGCCGCGCCUGAUGGCCACAACUGGAAGGCCGUCGUCGAGAUGAAAGACGUCACCUGGCUCGCGCACUGGAUCGACUUCAACGGCAACUACAAGUACGUCUAUCUCGAUGCGACUUCCUCAUUCAAGUCGAACUCGGACCGCGAGAAGUUCGAGAAGGCGCGCAAGCUCGACAAGUGCGUCAAGAAGCUGCGCAAGCGCGUCGAAGAGAUGCUCGUCAGUAAGAGCAGGCAGGAGCGACAGCUGGGAACGGUCAUCUGGUUGAUCGACAACUACUCGCUACGUGCGGGCAACGAGAAGGGGGAGGACGAGGCUGCUACGUACGGCGUGUGUUCGCUAUUGGUUGAGCACGUGCGCGACUUGGCAGACGAGGAGAACAAGGUCACGCUUGAGUUCUUGGGCAAAGACUCGAUGCUGUUCAAGGAGGUCUUGGAGGUGCCGGAGCGCGUCUUCAAAAACAUCAAGAUGUUUACGCGGUCGACCAAGGAUGCAAAGGGCGAGAUUGCCUUCAAGAAGAAAAGCGAUGCAAUCUUUGAGCGUGUGGACACCAGCGAUGUCAACAAAUUCCUCCGUGAUCCCAAGCAAGGCGGUAUGCCCGGCCUCUCAGCCAAGGUCUUCCGUACCUACAAUGCCUCCACGACGUUCCAGGGCCUGCUGAACAAGACGGCCGCCAAUCUCAAAGAGCGUGGCUUGCAGCCCACACCGCAGUCGCUCAAGGACGAGUACAUGCAGGCCAACCGCCUGGUCGCCAUCUUGUGCAACCAUCAAAAGACGAUCAAUCCGCAGGUGGCUGAGCGUCAGGUCGAGAGGGCGGAACAAAAGCUCGUAGCGUUGAAGUACGACAUUCACAAGGAGAGGCAGAAAAUCUUGACCGUGCACAAGACUUCCGCCGCAGUCAAGAAGGCGUAUCCCGCAAAGGAGUACAAGGACUUCAAGUGGGACAACUUCCUCGACUGGGACCUCGAGCUCACCGAGGACGUCAUCCGCGAGCACGAGGAGCGAACCAUCAACGCCAAGAUCACGCGCAUGGAGGCUGCCUUUGAGCGUCAGGAGUUGGAGCGCGAGUAUCAGGCCAGCGUCAAGGCAGAGAAGGAGCCUGAGCCUGCAGCGAAUGGGAAAAAGCGCGGCAAGAAGACGGCUGCCAAGGUCGAGAGCGAGGACGAAGAUGACGAGAAGGGCAGAGUGGCGAGGGUGAAGACGAAAGAAGAGGUCGAGGAGGACAAGGAGCGCCUUCAAGAGCAGCUUAAGACGUUGGCAAAGGAGCGCAAAACGGGCAAGUCACAGCUCGAUCCCGACUCCAUCAAGGUAGACGUGUGCGCACGCAAGAUCAAAUCGAAGCUCGAGCAGAUCCGCAAGUUCGAGCAGGAGAUGGAGUCCAAGAACAAAACGAGCGACGUGAGCUUGGGCACGUCGAAGCUCAACUACAUCGACCCGCGCUGUACCGUCUCGUGGCUGAAGCACUGGGAUCGCGAGCUGCAGAAGCUCGACCCAGUGGAGCCUGCGCCGAAGAAGGGCAAGGGAGCCAAGGACGAGCCGCAAGACGACAAGAAGAAGGUCAAAAAGGGCGCUGCCCCCGCUGCAGAGUCGGACAAGCUGGAGCUCAACCUCGCCAAGCUCCCCAUUGGACAGUACUUCCCGAUGACGAUGCAAAAGAAGUUCCGCUGGGCAGACUACGACGACAAUGGCAAGGCGGGUCUGCCAAGCAGCUGGGUCUUUGUUGAGCGAGCAGAGGAGAAGACGCGCACUAACUACUCGAGCGCGCAGAAGAGAGAGAUCGAAGAGUCUCUCGCUGCAACACGCAAGGACGAUGUGCAGAGGGGAGGCAAGAAGACGGACGUCAAGAAGAGUGGCGCAACGGGGGAGGGGACUGGCGCUGCUGGGGGAAGUAAGAAGCCGAGCUCGGCGAACGGCAAGGCAAAGAAGCCAGCCAAGAAGGACGAGGAGAGCGAGGAGGACUCAGAUGUACCGCUGGGCAAGAAGAAGUGA